AUGUUCUCGUCAAUAACCGCAUCCUUCGCAAGGCUCGGCCUCUCUUCGACCGCCCGCUCCCCAGCGACCACACAAGGGAGCGCACACCUCUUCGCGCCCAGCACGCGGUCGCUCCACCUCGCAUCCUCGUCCCGACCAUCGCUCCGCCCCGCCGCCACACCCUCCGCGCUCUCGCCCUCUUCGCACCUCGGCGCCGUCAGGCACCGCUCCCAGCUUGCUCCGCGGCGGACAAAGUACCGCAAGGCGCACAAGAUCCGCCUCCCCUUCAACACCGGCGGCUCCCUCAAGGGCACCACAGUCCAGGAGGGCGUCUACGGCCUUCGCCUCCUCGCACCCGCCAAGCUUACCGCAAAGCAGCUCGUGGCCGCUGAGACGGCGCUCAAGAGGAAGCUCAAGGUCAUCAAGGGCGCUCAGGUCUUCCUCCGUGUCUUCCCCGACGUCCCCGUCUGCGUCAAGGGCAACGAGACUCGUAUGGGCAAGGGUAAAGGCGCUUUCGAGUACUGGGCGUGCAGCGCAUCGAUGGGCAAGGUCAUCUUUGAGAUCGGUGGACCUGUAGAGAUCCGUCUCGAGGUGGCAAAGGAGGCGCUCCGACUAGCGUCUGCGAAGCUGCCUGUUCCCACCGAGUUUGUGACCGCAGCCUCGGCACCGCGACUCGGCAACAAGGUGCUUACAGCGCCCGAAGCCGCCGUCGAGCAGCCCGUCUCCGCAUAG